AGUGUGAAAUUUCAAGUGGAGUGAAACAGUCAACACUAAAAUUUUACGUUGAUUCAAAACAAAAAGAAAAUAUUCUUUCAAAAGUAUUAUUGAAGAUUAUAAAGUGAACAAAAAUUCAUUGUGAAAGCUUUUAAAAUAAUUAUUUUACAAAUCAUUUACAAAUUAUUGAAAAAGCACUUAAAAUUAUUUAUUGAAGAAAAGACAACAUAACGAGAAUAAAAAUGAUGAAGUUUUACGUCAGUUUAUUGUUAGUAAUCGUCUCUGUAAAGUUCAUUGAUGCAUCUUGCUUGAGUUAUGGACACUCGUGUUGGGGAGCUCAUGGAAAAAGGUCAUUUAUCCCGCAGCGAGAAUAUAAACCAUCACAACCGAGCGAUCGAUGGGCACUUUUUCAAAUGUUGCCGGAAAAGGAUGACUUUUACCAGUUUAAAAAAAUGUUGCGUGAAAGCUCGAAACAACCUUCUCAAUUUCCUGACAAUGAGAUAAAAGCUCUAAAUAAUCCUCCAGUUGAACUACCAUUUGGAUCAUCGGAAGAAUUAAACACAAACGAAGACAGUCUGUUCAAUGAAAAUUUAAAAGCAAUUUCACAAGAUGAUUUCAAUUUAAGAAAUCCAUCAGCUGGACGAAGAAUUAGACGCAAUCUGAAAAACAUUCAACCGAUGGAACUUGACAAACCUCACUUUGAAAAAUAAAAGCCUAUUAUCAUCAAAAUCCUUCCUUUCUCUCUCAACAACUUUUCACAAUUGUAAGAAAUGAAAAAAAAAGAAGCUUAGCGAAACUAAACUUAAGCUAAGAAUUUUAAUGUUAUUUUUACCAAAUUUUGUUUUAUCUUUGGCUGGAACUUAAAACAAAAUUUGGAAACUACCUAAAUAUUUUAUAAGUAUCUUUAAAGCUUGUUUCAACCAAAAUCAAAUAAAGAGUUGAAGAAAAAAAUAA